GGCAGAUCAAACCUUGACGUCAGAUCGAGAGCAGAUUUUUCGGUUCGCAAAUCCCGGCGGAGUUGGAUGAUGUAGAGGACGUAAAAAGGACAAAUCCGCAGAGGCACCACUGGACGGAACCUGCUCCACCAGUUCCACCUGCUGCCGUAGCAGUAACCCGAAACAUCGUUUAUCGUUUCCCAGAUCAACAACACAUCACUCUGCGCCGGCAACAGUUCCGGGUUAAACAAUCAUCCAGCGAUCCCAGCACAUCAGCUUGGAUUCUUCCCGUGCUGAAACGAAAUCCGACCGACCAAUCUGUUUCCGAACAACAAAUAUCUCCCGCAAGGCCGCGAAACUAUGAAUUCUGUACCCCAGCGCCACCAGCAAUCUCUCCGGCGGUUCAUCAACGGAAUGAAUCCAUGCAGAUACCGCACACUCCGUGCACCAUGUUACGACGACAGCGAUUCCAGAAACUCUGGGUUGCCGGUUCCAGACUUGCCGCAGAUUCUGAAUAGCUUAGUUGAGAUGAAACUCAUGGCAUAUCAGACUAAUCCGGCGGAACUUUACCUGCCACGACCCGAACUUGGCUGGAGCAUCGAUGGUUGUGCCCAUUUACUCGCCGGUGGAAAAUUGUCGGUGGCCAGAAAUUCUGAGGCAGCUGUGACAGCUUAAAGUCAAAAAAUCAGCUUAAGGUAUAAAAUCAACUUUUCCAUAGAAUUAACAUGUUCUGUCCAGGAUCCAAAGUCUGCGUACGCGAGUUGUGUGUUUUGAGUUUAAUUCUAAAGAAACCGAAUAAAAAAAAAAACAAAUCUUGAAGAUACAAAAAAAAAAAUCAAAAA